AACCUCAUUCAGGUAACACCUCCUAUCAGGAAUAAGACAAACCAAUCAUCUCUUUCAUCCCUUCACACAAGUCAUAAGGAUCAUCUUUCAUUCUUGCAUUUAUUUUUUAAGCUUAGAUGAAACCAAAUUGGGAACUCAACAACUGCUGCAACCAUGAGCAGGUGGUGUUUCUGGUCACUGUUGGUGUCUGCUCUGUGGUUAUACUUGCCCUGUGGAGAACAGUGUUACUCAGACCCUUUAAGCUUGUUACAGUUUUUCUUCACGAGGCAAGCCAUGCAAUUGCUUGUAAACUUACAUGCGGUCAUGUAGAAGGAAUCCAGGUUCAUGCAGAUGAAGGUGGAACAACCCAAACACGUGGAGGCAUAUACUGGUUAAUCUUGCCAGCUGGAUAUCUUGGAUCAUCUUUCUGGGGCAUGAUCUUGAUACUUGCAUCAACAAAUCUUCUUACAGCUAGAAUAGCUGCUGGUUGUUUUAUUGCUGCUCUAUUUAUUGUCCUCUUUGUAGCAAAAAAUUGGACUCUUCGAGGACUUUGUAUUGGAUUUAUCAUCUUCCUUGGUGUAAUAUGGAUUUUGCAAGAGACAACCAAAUUUCGAAUACUACGGUACAUUAUCUUGUUCAUAGGUGUAAUGAAUAGCUUGUUUUCAGUAUAUGAUAUUUAUGAUGAUCUGAUCUCCCGUAGAGUACAUUCCAGUGAUGCAGAAAAAUUUGCGGAAGUGUGCCCUUGUCCUUGCACCGGUGUUGGAUGGGGUGUUAUUUGGGGUUUAAUAUCUUUUGUCUUUCUUUGUGGAGCUGUGUAUCUGGGUGCUGUGAUCUUGUCAUGAGGAAAGGAGAUUGUUCUAUAGCCAGUGAGAAGCAAUUCAAUUCAAUUCAGUAUGGCUUUACUAGCAGACUAAUUCUGAAGAUUGUCAUCUCAUUUAUAAGGAGGCAGAGUCUCAAGUCAAGGUCCUUUGGCUCCAUUCUUCAUCCUAUUCAGGGUGGCCAUGCCUAUAAGGCUAUAAUCAAAUCAUCCAGAUGUAAAUUAAUAAAAAAAAAAAAGCAAGGAACACUAGUAGAUGUCAUGUGUUUCUUUUAUGGGUUUAACUACUCUUCUGUUAGAUAAUUGUCUUCUGCCAUACAUACAUAGAUA